AUGGCUCCUGUCGAUCCAACGGUUUUACUUAAUACAAUCGUGUAUUUAUUAGACAAUAAUGGUGGAUUAAAAAAUGAUCGAGUUAUUCGACAAUUUAUAACACUAAUGAAAUUAACUGAAAAAUUAGUGAAUAAAGCAAUCUAUUUACAAAUUCUUAAUCAUACAAAAUCUGCAGAUAUAUUAAUAACGUUUUUAAAAUGUGAUGGUCUUCAAAUUUUAAUCAAAUGGCUUUCACAUUUUAGUAUUGAACAUAAUCAUGCAUUUCUACUCGAUACAUUAAAUAUCAUAGGCAAUUUGCCAUUCAAUAUUGAUAAUGUUUCACAGAAUGAUAUCGACGAGCUACAGCUCAAAAUAGCCGAACUUGCAUCGGCUGAGUCAGGGAAAGAAAAGGAUAUUCGUGAAAGUGCUCGUCAUUUAUAUGAUAUUUGUUUGACAAAAGGAGUAUUUAAAACACUACAAACUCAUACUCCUCAACUUGAUAUUGACCAACAUAUUUCUUCUCAACCAUCAUCGAUUUCUCGAUCAUCAAUUUUCAUCGAUAAACAUCCAUUGACAUCUCAACGAUUGAAUAAAACCGAACGAACAUUGCUCUCAUCAAAUAAUAAUACAUUCCCUUUCAAUGAUAGGAAAAUGGCAACAACCGCAACAUUGACAGCUGUAUCAGCAUCAAAUACAAAUAGUAAUAACACGGAUACUAACAAACGAAAAACUGAAGAGAAUAUAGGGCCUACAACAAAUAGAAAACCGACACAUCGUCGUGUUAUAACACAACCCCAAAUAGAUACACAAAAAAAAAUGAAAUCAUCAAUUGAUAUAGAUGAUAGUGAUGGUUUAAAUAAAACUAAUUUAUUAAAUCGACCUACAUCAACAUUUCGUAUACCUAAAAUAGGAAGGUCAAAUACGAAUGUUCCAUCACCACCAUCAGAAAUAAAUGAAACUAUACCAGUACCUCCUACAUCUACAAAUCAACAAACAAAAAUGAAUAUAUCAUUAAAUCGACAAUCGAGUGAUGAACUUAAUUCUCAACAAGGAAAAAGAAAAUUUUCUUUAAGCCAAUAUAUUGAACGUAAAAAAUUAAAAUCGAAUGAAUUACAACAGACUCCUUUAGCUGAUACUGAUAUGCGAAUAAAUAAUACGGGAAAUUCAAAGACAUCACCACCUACAUCCAUCGAUGAUGAUUCACUUAAUAUAUCCGAUAAUCAACCUGUAAUUAGUCCAAAACCUGAUGAAAUAAAUACAAUUAUAAAAAGUAAUUUAAGUGAACCAGGUGUUAAAAAAAUAAUCAAAAAAAAAGUAAUAUGGGCUGAUGAAAAAAAUCAAACACUUGUACAAACAUCAUUUUUUGAAGUUGAUGAUUCAGAAUUAUCUGAUAUGCAUAUAUUUUCACGUACAUGUGCAACAAAUAUAUCAAUAGCACAAUUAGAAAAAGUUAUGGAACGUGAUUUUCGUAAAAGACGUGGUAUACAAGAUAUGAAUUCAAUUGAUAAUGAUGAUAAACAAAUUUUAUUACCAUUACCACCAUUAAUAAAAAUUUUAUUACCUGAUACAAUACAAAUUCCACAAAUUGUUUCACAAGAACGUUUUGUACAAGAAGAACGUGAAAAAACUGUUUUACAAGCACUUUUUAUACGUUCAUUUUUACCUGAUAGUCCAGGUGAACCAGAUGGUGAUCUUAUUGGACAUAAUCAUCAUAGUGAACCAAAAUUAAUUCCACUUGAAGAUGAUACUUCAUCAUCUUUAUCGAGUACAGUAAACAGCAAUAAUACAACAAUAGCAACAACAACAACCAAUAUACCUUUAGUUUCAAUAAAUAAUCCAACAACAACAACAACAACAACAAUAACAAACAAUACAGUUACAUCGAGUCUUUCGCCAUUUUCAUUUGGUGAUGUAUCACCUGAAGUUGCUCAAAUUCUUGCACAGGCUAAAGGAAAUUUAACAUCAGCUACAGCAAAUAAUCUAUCAACAACAACAGUACCAUCAAAUUCAUUAAUUAAUUUAUCUACAACAAUAACAACAACAACAUCAACAAUAACAAAUCCAACUAUUUCAACAACAACAACACCUAAUCUUCCGGCACCACCAAAUUUUCUUUCAGCUUUACUUAAUGUUGCACGAACUACUAACAAUGAAACACCUAAUGUUCCGUCGCCGAAUACAAUAGCUAAUAUUUUGCCAAAUCUUCCAUUAAAUUUUAAUUUACCUCCACCUCCAACAUCUUUUCCAUUGGGUCAAUUGAUAGCAAAUGCUCUGACACUUGGUAUACCACCACCACCAACUGCUAAUCCUUCUCUUUUUCAAACAUCACCGGCUACGUUUACAACACCACCACCAAAUCUAUCUAAUCCAAUAGUUAAUUCAGUUCCAUCAUCAUCAUCAUCAUCAUCAGUGAAUUCUAAACCACCAUCUGUUCGUUUUGUUUCUGCUAUUGGCCAUCAAACACGACCGAAUCUAACAAACCAUAAUAAUCAUAAUAACAAUAUUAAUCAUAAUAAUAAUAAUAAUAAUAAUAAUGAACAUCAAAUUUCAUCUUCUCGUGAGAACAGUAGAGAACAUAAUUUUCGACGAGGUCCACCAAAUAAUAAUCGUCGAGAUUAUUAUCAAAGUCGAAAUAAUAAUAAUAAUAAUAAUAAUAAUAAUAAUAAUAAUAAUAAUAAUCGAAAUAUAUUCUCUUAG